UCAUCAACACCAUUAUCCUAGUUGUCUGUUUUUUGGCAUUUCUUUUUCUCACUCGCUUCUGACACUUCCUACUUUCUCUCUCUAAGGCUGUUUUCUUCUCAUAUCUGUAACUCUCUUUCUCUGACUCUCUAGGUUCUACUCAAACCCUACCUUCAAAACGCCAUUCUUUUCCCCCCAGCUUUUCUUCCAUUUUUGCUUAAAGGUCCAAUCUUUCUCACAAUUUCCAGAUCUGCACCUCCUUUCUUUCCAAGCUAUGCACCACUACUAGUUCACCGCCACAUGUCAAACUCCGACCCCAAGACCCGUCCACGUCCCGGACCAUGGCCGCCAGCGCCGGAGGGUUCCGCAAUGCCGGCUUCAUCUUGGGCCAAGCGGACGGGUUUCAGGCCCAAGUUCUCCGGAGAGACUAAUGCUAGCGAUUCAGGGCAGAUAUCCUUGCCGCCGAGGCAAAGGGAGCCGGAUGCACAGCCGGAUCUUGAAGCCGGAAGGGUUAGACAGGUGCCGGCGGUGAAUGGUGAGCCGGAGGGUGAGAAGGCUCUGCCGCCUCCGCCGCAGCCUUCGGAUAAGGAUCAGUCUGUGAAGAAGAGGAGGGACUCGGAUGGAGUCCCGAAGAGUUCGGGACACGGUGCUAACGGUCAGGCUCCGGCAUCGGCGUUGCCGGCUGACCCGCCACCACAGUCGCGGCGGCCGGUGAGGAACGAAGAGGUUGUUGAUGUUUUGCCGCAGAAUGUUGACGAUGAUGGGCUUGUGAAUAGGCACUCGCAUAUGAAGUAUGAGCUCAGAGACACGCCUGGACUCGUUCCAAUUGGUCUAUAUGGGUUCCAGCACUAUCUAUCAAUGUUGGGUUCGUUAAUCCUCAUUCCGCUUGUCAUAGUUCCCGCAAUGGGCGGUACUCAUGAAGAUACAGCAAAUGUGCUGUCAACGGUGCUGUUUGUGUCCGGAGUGACCACGCUUUUGCAUACAUCUUUUGGGUCAAGGUUACCAUUGAUACAGGGUCCAUCAUUCAUUUACCUAGCACCUGCAUUAGCGAUAAUCAAUUCCCCAGAAUUUCGAGGGCUCAAUGGAAAUAAUUUCAAGCAUAUCAUGAAGGAGCUACAGGGGGCUAUAAUCAUAGGUUCAGCUUUUCAAGCAAUACUGGGAUAUAGUGGAUUGAUGUCACUUAUUUCGAGGUUGAUCAAUCCAGUUGUUGUAUCACCAACGAUUGCUGCUGUUGGACUUUCUUUUUACAGUUAUGGUUUCCCACUAGUUGGUACCUGUCUUGAGAUUGGGGCAGUGCAGAUAUUAUUAGUUGUUACUUUUUCUCUUAAUAUUGCCAAAGCUUCUUACUCAUUGUUACCUUACUUUCUGCAGUACCUCCGUAAGAUAUCUAUUUUUGGUCAUCGUGUGUUUCUAAUAUAUGCGGUUCCAUUGGGUUUGGCAAUCACAUGGGCAGCUGCUUUUUUGUUGACUGAAGCUGGAGCGUAUAGCUACAAAGGUUGUGAUAUACAUGUACCUGCCUCAAAUAUAAUAUCUGAACAUUGCAGAAAGCAUGUUUCGAGGAUGAAGCACUGUCGAGUUGAUACUUCUCAUGCAUUAAAAUCUUCCCCAUGGUUUAGGUUUCCAUAUCCAUUGCAAUGGGGUACUCCAGUCUUCACCUGGAAAAUGGCCAUUGUUAUGUGCGUGGUGUCCAUAAUAGCAUCAGUUGAUUCGGUUGGCUCAUAUCAUGCAUCUUCAUUAUUGGUGGCAUCCAGACCUCCAACCCCAGGUGUUCUUAGUCGAGGGAUUGGUCUGGAAGGUCUUUCAAGUGUCUUGGCUGGUCUGUGGGGAACAGGGACAGGGUCUACAACUUUGACAGAAAAUGUGCAUACCAUUGCUGUGACUAAAAUGGGAAGCCGCAGAGCAGUUGAAUUAGGUGCAUGCAUUUUCAUAGUAUUAUCUCUUGUUGGCAAAGUUGGAGGCUUUAUUGCAUCAAUACCUGAAGUAAUGGUUGCUGCUCUCCUUUGUUUUAUGUGGGCAAUGCUUGCAGCAUUAGGCCUUUCGAAUUUACGAUACAGUGAGGCUGGAAGCUCUCGGAAUAUUAUUAUAGUUGGGUUAUCUCUGUUCUUCUCACUUUCUGUUCCCGCCUACUUUCAACAAUAUGGCAUCUCUCCGAACUCCAACUUGUCUGUUCCUAGUUAUUUUCAGCCAUACAUUGUGGCUUCUCAUGGACCAUUCCGUAGUAGUUAUGGAGGGUUGAACUAUGUGUUGAAUACACUACUUUCGUUACACAUGGUGGUUGCAUUUCUUGUGGCUGUUAUUCUGGACAAUACUGUACCAGGCAGUCGCGGAGAACGUGGGGUGUAUGUGUGGUCUAAUCCUGAGGUUGCAAGGAGGGAGCCUGCCAUUGCUAAGGAUUAUGGGUUGCCCUUCAGAAUUAGUCGGGUUUUCAGAUGGGUGAAAUGGGUUGGACUAUGAGCCUGAUUUCCAACACGAAGGAACGUCUACUUAGGAUUUAUAGGUCUUACAGAGAUAUUUGUGUACAUUUGAGGAACAAGAGAAUCUGUUUGUUGUUGUAAUUUUAGAUUUUUGAACAAUGUAUCUGAUUAGUAAUUGGAAAUGUCUAUAUAUGGACAUCUUUCAUGUGGUUGGGAGAGCUUCCGUAGUGUAUAUGAUUUUUUAUUUUUUAUUUUUUGGUUUUUCUGGGUCAGUUUCUUUCAGCAGUUGUGGAUUCUUUAUGGAAACAGGAAAGGAAGAUUCAUUGUGCAAAUGAUAUUUUUCUAUUGUGGAA